AGAAGCAACAGGAAGACGACCCAAAAAGGGUGCAGGCUGGAAGAAGCAGCAGAGGAGGCCGAAACCAGUCCUGUGUCUGGCUUCUCCUCGGCUGAUCCACCGCUGGGCUCCGAGGCUCGGGACGGGCUGAAUCCGCCUCCCCGGAGCCGCUUCUACCCGGUUUAUACGUGGCACACUGGGGAUCAUGUCCUCCACCUAGAGCCUCGGUACCUGGAGCUCAGCAGCAACAGGGAGUCUGUUCGAACUUGGCCAUGGCCCACGGCGCCAGUAUCCAGUAUGAGCCGGUGGCAGAAAUCGGUGGAGGAGCUUAUGGGACUGUUUAUAAGGCUCGAGACACGGAGAGCGGACAGUUUGUGGCUCUGAAGAGCGUUCGUGUCCAGACGGACCAAAAUGGCCUCCCGAUCUCCACAGUCAGAGAGGUGGCUCUGUUGAGACGGCUAGAGCAGUUUGACCAUCCCAAUGUGGUCAGGCUCAUGGAUGUUUGUGCCACCCAGAGGUCAGACCAGGAGACUAAAGUCACUCUAGUGUUUGAACACGUGGACCAAGACCUCAAGACGUAUCUAGAGAGAGUUCCAGCUCCAGGAUUAUCCCCCGACCGCAUUAAAGACUUGAUGAGGCAGUUGCUGUGUGGUCUUGCAUUCCUUCACUCUAACCGUGUGAUGCACAGAGACCUGAAACCAGAGAAUAUUCUGGUCACCAGCCAAGGCCAGGUGAAGCUGGCAGACUUCGGCCUCGCCAGGAUCUACAGCUGCCACAUGGCCCUCACUCCUGUAGUGGUCACACUGUGGUACCGACCUCCUGAAGUUCUGCUGCAGUCCAGUUAUGCCACACCGGUGGACAUCUGGAGCACCGGCUGCAUCUUUGCAGAGAUGUUCAGACGCAAACCUUUGUUCUGUGGGGAAUCAGAAGUGGACCAGCUUGGGAAAAUUUUUGAAGUUAUUGGUUUGCCGCCAGAGGAGGAGUGGCCGACUGAUGUUACGCUAUCAAGAAAAAGCUUCCCCCCUCUCACGGCUCGCCCAAUCAAGGACUUUGUUCCAGAGAUAAAUGAGCAGGGGGCUCAGCUAUUGCUGAAAAUGCUGACCUUCGACCCGUUAAAACGAAUAUCAUCCCUGAAUGCACUAGAACAUCCGUAUUUCCGGGACGAGGAGACAUUGACUGAGACAAAAAGCUGAAAUCAGGCAGUGAAACAUGCAGCGAGAGGUAACAGUGUCUAAGUGUAGGGUUUCAGUGUCGUUCACUGCAUUGCCGUUCACGAUGUGUGGGUCAUGCUUUGGGAUAGUAUUUUGUUACUCCUGCGUUUAAUAAAAGGAUUAAGGCCCAAGAAAGGGAGGAGUGAACUUAGGGACCACUGGCUUGCUUUUCAACGUGUAAAUGUCACAAUUAAGGAUGUUACCGUGUCACUUUUUAAAGGACAGUACCAGUGUUUUUGAUUUUCUGCUUCAGUGUUGUCAGAGAGGAGAUGUACAGAAAUGUCUGUCAUCUUCUCUGAAAUGUUGCUCUUGUUAUUUUUGUAGAUUGUCAGUCAGAAGCGGCGCCUCAGAGGGUUAGAACAGCCAGUUGUUGGUGAUUUUACUGUAUUUGUAUUAGUAUUUAUCAUACAAAACAAACAAUAACACCAUAAGCCUGUGAAAGGCAUGAAGCUGUAUGAAACUGAUUAAACGUAGCUGUAUUUUAAUCAUGGAGAAGAGAAAGAAUAGUGGGAAGUAGUGGAAGAAAAACGCACAAGGACAACGCACAUUACAAAAAUACUGGUAUUGCCCUGAAAUUCUCUCACAAAGUACAAGUAUUUUUCUUCUUUUAUUGGAGGACUGUAAGGGUGGACUUCAAUUCAUGUUUUACAUUUUUGUGCCAUUGCUAAAACUGUCUGAAAUCAACCAUCACUGCCUUUCUAAGUGAAUAAAAACUGUUUCAAUCA